AUGUUUCCUGUUUGGGUGGAAGAAGAAGUAGUUGAAAGUUACAAGUCGAGGAAUAUUUCCAAGCUUUUUGAAUGGCAAGCCGAAAUUUUGUGCGAUUCUCGUUUGAGAGGUCCGUUUUAUCGAAAUUUACUGUACUCGGCGCCUACAAGCUCCGGCAAAACGCUUGUAGCUGAGCUGCUUGCUGUUAAUAAUGUUAUUUGUACUAAUCAGAAGGCGAUUUUUGUUUUCCCUUAUAUAUCGGUGGCACGUGAGAAAUUUCUAACACUUCAGAAAUUGUUCCGUAAAAUAGACCUUCGUGUGAAAGCAUAUAUAGGCUCAAAUUCUGCACCUUUGGACGUUUGGGAUGCUGCUGUUUGUACCAUUGAAAAAGCUAAUUCGCUGCUAAAUAAGGCGAUUGACGAAGAUUUUAUAUCUAACAUCGGAGUAUUUGUCAUUGACGAAUUUCACAUGAUUUUUGAUACCAACCGUGGACAACUAAUUGAACAGAUUGUUUCCAAACUUUUAUUUUUGAAAAAAAGCAAUAUACAUCAAAUACAAAUUAUCGGAAUGAGUGCAACAAUUCCGAGUCUGGUAGAGUUAGCAAAUUGGUUAGAUGCAAAGUGCUAUUCGACACAGUUUCGACCAGUUGUUUUGGAAGAAAAGAUUCUUGCGGGGAAUGAACUAAUCGAUGCGGGUACCAACCAGCUUCUUAAGCGUUUUGGUGAAGAAAGUGACAAUGAGACUGAAACCAUGUUUCAAUUAUGUGUGGAAAACUUACAUCUUCAUAAGUCAAUGCUCAUUUUCUGUACUUCCAAAAUGGAAACAGAACGAAUUGCCAGUAUCAUUUCGGAUCGUUUGUUGGGCAGUCUAACAGAUGAAAGUGCUCAAAAAUUAGUGGCAAAUUAUUCACUUUUGGUACAGUCAGUAGAAUACUUUAAGAAAGAGACUAAAUCCACUGAUGAAACUCUUCUGAAGAGUCUUGGUGUUGGUGUGGGCUUCCAUCAUGCAGGUUUAACUAUGGAGGAACGAGAGUUGGUUGAAGAAUUCUUCAAAGCAGGUAUUUUAAAAAUUCUUUGUGCAACAUCCACAUUGAGUUCCGGUGUCAAUUUACCUGCUGAUUGUGUGGUGAUCAAAACACAAUUGCAUGGACCGACAGCUUUGACCAAAAUAACUUACCGUCAAAUGGUCGGUCGUGCUGGUCGUUUUGGACAAUCCACAAAAGGUAUUUUGCGACUUUGGUGUUCAAUUACAAACAAAAAAUAUUUUUUUUUCAAAAGCUAA